UUGAAUUAUCAAGUUAAUUUGUCGAUUUUUGAUGUUUAGGGAAUAUAGUUAUCUUGGACUAUAGUUAUCGUAUCGUGGAUCCACAUUCACUCAAGCAAUGAAUACAGACGUUGAAUUCCACAUUAGGCAGAAUUAUCCGUGGAACAAGCUACCAGCAAAUGUCAAACAGAGUGUUGGGAACUCGCAGCGUGAAUAUGAGAAACAUGUGCAGUUGUACAGUAUCCGCAACCAGCUAAGGUUCCGCAAUAACCUAGUGAGACACGUGAGGAAGGAUGAGAGGAAGUACUACGAGGAGCUGCUGAAGUACAGCCGAGAUCACCUGAUGCUCUACCCCUACCACCUGUCAGACAUCAUGGUCAAAGGCCUCCGCAUCACCCCCUUCUCCUACUACAUCAGCAUCAUGGAGGACAUCAUGAACGUAGAGAAGAGUUACGACUCGCUGCCCAACUUCACUGCUGCUGACUGUCUAAGGCUGCUUGGCAUCGGGAGGAACCAGUAUAUAGACUUGAUGAACCAGUGCAGGUCUUCCAAGAAAUUCUUCCGUAGGAAAACAGCGCGAGACCUGCUCCCCUCCAAGCCAGUAGAGAUCUCUGUAGAGCCGUGGUGGGUGGCUCAGACCGGAUACAUCACAGAGGAUGACAUCAGG